UAUCAAUUACUCAAUAGGUUUCAUUAUUCAAUGCAGUUAAGAAGAGAAUAAUAUCUGUUGACAUUCUGAUACGUGCAAUAGAUGUAGGAGAAAAAAAAUGAAUCAUGUUAUUGUCUACUCUAGCUUAUCAAAAUUAGCACAACAUAUAAAAAAACUUAUGCCACAAUUGAAUGUUAUCAACAUUAAUCCAGAUAAUAGUGAACCGGUGGAAUUAAAUAAUGCUGAGAUAAUGGUAGCAGAUUGUUCAUUAUUACCUAAAAUCAAAAAUAAAUUAAGUAAUAUAAAAUGGAUCCAAUCAACAUUCGCUGGAGUUGAAAAAUUAAUGGAAUUACGUGACGAUAAAAAUAUUAAUUUUAUAGUCACUAGGUUCGUUGAUGAUACUUUUGGUAAAGAAAUGGCUGAAUAUGUUGUUAUGCAAAUAGUUGCUCAUGAAAGAAAACAAUGGAAUGAAUAUGAGGCACAAAAAAAAGCCGUUUGGUCCAAUGAAUCAUUGUUCGGAACUCGUAGAUUGAUUUCUGAUAUGAAUAUCGGGAUUAUGGGUGUUGGUAAUAUUGGAAAGCCUGUUGCAAGAAUAUUAAAAAAUUUCGGUGCAAAAAUUUGGGGUUUAAAACGUACAGUUCCUACGAUAAAAGAGCCUUACAUUGAUGAAUACCGAACGACAAAUUUGUUACCAGAAUUUUUAUCCAACUGUGACUAUAUUAUAAACAUCAUGCCAGCAACUCCAGAAACUGAUGGAUUAUUAAACGGCGAUGUUUUAAAAAAUUGUAAAGAAAAUAAUGCAAUUUUUAUUAACGUUGGUAGGGGAAAUAUAAUUAACGAAAAUGAUUUGGUUAAUGCUCUUGAAAAUAAAUGGAUAGCAGCAGCUAUUUUAGAUGUUUUUGAAGUUGAACCUUUACCGCCAACUAGUAAACUUUGGACAAUACCUCAAGUAAUAAUAACACCACACAAUUCAUGUUCCGCACGAACGGAAAGUAUGGCAAAAUUAUUCAUGAAUAAUUACAAAAAAUAUAUCAAUGGUGAACCAUUGCCUAAUACCGUAAACUUCCGACGUGGAUAUUGAUAAUAUUAUUUUCUUAUCAUCCACGAUAAAAUAAUAGCAAAAUUAAAUGAUAAAGAUUUCAAAAUUUAAAAAAAAUGACUAAUUCUAAGAGACUUUGCAAAGGUGGUAAUUUUAAUUAAAAAAAAAUCAAUUUAAUUCGAUUAAAUUUCAAAGAAAAAUCGAAUUUGGGUUUAGAAAUUAUCCGCGUAAUUUACUCUUUAUUGU